CCACAGCCCCUUCAGGAGUGGGAGGCUUCGCGGCGGCGCCUAGGGCUUCGCCGGUGCCCUCCGGAGGAGGCUGGCAGCUCAGGGACGACCCUCCCGGGCCAUGCUGAGGCAACGGCGGCUGCCGCUCGAGGAUCAAACAGAGCAUACUGAAUCAGCAGGACUGGCUGGUAGUGCAGCAGGCAUCAUGAGUAAGCACAGAGAAGUCUGUUUCUUAUCACGUGUGUAAGGGAAACAAGAUUUAAAUAAGUCUCUUGAGUGGCGUUUCCUCACUGAUGGAGAAUUACUUCCAAGCAGAAGCUUACAACCUGGACAAGGUUUUAGAUGAAUUUGAACAAAACGAAGAUGAAACAGUUUCUCCUAUCUUAUUGGAUACAAGAUGGAGUAAGCUUCUAGAUCCCUCAUCUCAUCUGCUGUCAUUUAACCCUGCACUGGCCAGAGCGAAUGAACCUUCAGUUUCUAGUGAGUCACAGCCACAGCUGAAAGUCUUCUCCGUAGCUCAUUCAGCUCCUCUGACCACAGAGGAAGAGAACCAUUGUGCUAAUGGGCAGGACUGUAGUCUGAAUCCAGAGAGCAACACAAUGUGGAUUGGUGAAAAUGCCAUUGCAGAAGAUCAGUUAAUUAAGAGGAACUGUAAUCAAGAUGAUCAAUGCAGUACUAUUGAAGUGGGAGAGAAGAAAUGUGGAAACCUAGCUUGUCUGCCAGAUGAGAAGAAUGUUCUUGUUGUAGCCGUCAUGCAUAACUGUGAUAAAAGGACAUUACCCAGUGAUUUGCAGGAUUGUAAUAAUUAUAAUACUCAGUCCCUCAUGGAUACUUUUAGCUGUUCACUGGAUAAUGAAAACAGACAAACUGAUCAAUUUAGUUUUAAUAUAAAUGGGUCCACUGAAAAAGAUAUGAACUCAGAGAAACAAAUGGAUCUGUUGAGUAGGCCAAAUGUAGAGGGGGAUUCUGUUAAACAUAUAUGUACUACUUCAUCUGAUAAUCCAACCAGUAUCUGUUCCCCUUCACAAGUAAAGGAUGAUGAAAAUAUUGGUAGCGAUCCCUCCAUGUCUGUGGUUACAAAUUUAACAGUUGAUCCAAUAAUCUCAUCCCAGGGAACAGAUGAAGAUCCUGCUGUUAAAAACCAAGAGAACUGUAUACCAGAUGAGAUUUUCACUGACAAAACCAGCUCUUCUAGGACAGAUUUAGGGAAUCUAAACUCCUUUUCCCAUUAUAGUGAGGGCAUUUUGAUGAAAAAAGAGCCAACAGAAAAGAUAACCAACGAAGAGCCCAUCCAGUCUGGUUUACCUUUACUUCUCAAACCAGAUAUGCAUAAUGGAUCUGGAAAGGAUGAGAACUGUGAACAGUCUUCAGAUUGCCUUGUACCCAGUGAAGUUAGAGCUGGUGAAAAUGAAGGUUGUGAGCGUGAAGAAAUUCUUGGCACUACAGAACUUCUUAAUAUGACAGAGCAUUUUUCUGAAUCUCAGGAGAUGAUUAAUUGGAAAUUGACUAAACUAAAUGAGAUGAAUGACAGCCAAGUAAAUAAAGAAAAUGAGAAGUUUCUGCAGAUGAAUCAGCCUGAGGACACUUACAAUGAUAGUGGAGGAGAGUGUGAUAGAAGGGGAGAAGCAGGUCUAGAUUUAAAAGGAACUGUCAUGAAUGAAAGUAAAGAAUGUGAUUUCUCUACUGUUAUGGAUACACCAGCAGCAAAUACUUCUAAUUGUUGUGAUUCCUAUGGAAUGCAGAGCCCCGUUUGUUUUGUUCCAAAGACUUUACCCUCCAAAGAAGAUUCAGUAACAGAAGAAAAGGAAAUAGAGGAGAGCAAAUCAGAAUGCUACUCAAAUAUUUAUGAACAGAGAGGAAAUGAAGUCACAGAAGGGAGUGGAUUACUUUUAAACAGCACUGGUGACCUAAAAAAGAAAAAUUAUUUACACAAUUUCUCUAGCCAAGUUUCAUCAGUGCUUGGGCAAUCUUCACCCAAGAUAGUAGCAAACCUGCAAUCCAUCAGUGUUCCGUUUGGUGGUGCAAGACCGAAGCAACCUUCUAAUCUUAAACUUCAAAUUCCAAAGCCAUUAUCAGACCAUUUACAAAAUGACCUUCCUGCAAACAGUGGAAAUAAUAUUAAAAACAAAAAUGAUGUUCUUGGGAAAGCAAAAAUAGGGGAAAACUCAGCAGCCAAUGUAUGCAAUACCUCUUUGGGAAACAUUUCUAUUACUGAUACAAAUGGGGAACAUUUAGAAAGUUACGAGUCUGGGGUAUCUAGUAGACCGUGCCUUGUAUUAGCUCCAGAUAGCCCAGAUAAUGAUCUCAGAGCUGGUCAGUUUGGAAUUUCUGCCAGAAAGCCAUUUACCACUCUGGGCGAGGUGGCUCCAGUAUGGGUACCAGAUUCUCAGGCUCCAAAUUGCAUGAAAUGUGAAGCCAGGUUUACUUUCACCAAAAGGAGGCAUCAUUGCAGAGCAUGUGGGAAGGUUUUCUGUGCUUCCUGCUGUAGCCUGAAAUGUAAACUGUUGUACAUGGAUAGAAAGGAAGCUAGAGUAUGUGUAAUCUGCCACUCAGUGCUAAUGAAUGCUCAAGCCUGGGAGAACAUGAUGAGUGCCUCAAGCCAGAGCCCUAACCCUAACAAUCCUGCUGAAUACUGUUCUACUAUCCCUCCCUUGCAGCAGGCUCAGGCCUCAGGAGCCCUGAGCUCUCCACCUCCCACUGUGAUGGUACCUGUGGGAGUUUUAAAGCACCCUGGAGCAGAAGUGGCUCAGCCCAGAGAGCAGAGGCGAGUUUGGUUUGCUGAUGGGAUCUUGCCCAAUGGAGAAGUUGCUGAUGCAGCCAAAUUAACAAUGAAUGGAACUUCCUCUGCAGGAACCCUGGCUGUGUCACAUGACCCAGUCAAGCCAGUAACUACCAGUCCUUUACCAGCAGAGACGGAUAUUUCUCUGUUUUCUGGGAGCAUAACUCAGGUUGGAAGUCCUGUUGGGAGUGCAAUGAACCUUAUUCCCGAAGAUGGCCUUCCUCCCAUUCUCAUCUCCACUGGUGUAAAAGGAGACUAUGCUGUGGAAGAGAAGCCAUCACAGAUUUCAGUGAUGCAGCAGUUGGAGGAUGGUGGCCCCGACCCACUUGUAUUUGUUUUAAAUGCAAAUUUAUUGUCAAUGGUUAAAAUUGUAAAUUAUGUGAACAGGAAGUGCUGGUGUUUCACGACCAAGGGAAUGCAUGCGGUGGGUCAGUCUGAGAUAGUCAUUCUUCUCCAGUGUCUGCCGGAUGAGAAGUGUUUGCCCAAGGAUAUCUUUAGUCAUUUUGUGCAGCUUUAUCGGGAUGCCCUGGCAGGGAAUGUUGUGGGCAACUUGGGACACUCCUUCUUCAGUCAGAGUUUCCUUGGCAGUAAAGAACAUGGUGGAUUCCUGUACGUGACGUCUACCUACCAGUCACUGCAAGACCUUGUGCUCCCGGCCCCACCUUACUUGUUUGGGAUUCUCGUACAGAAAUGGGAAACUCCUUGGGCCAAAGUGUUUCCCAUCCGACUAAUGUUGAGACUUGGAGCUGAAUAUCGACUUUAUCCGUGCCCACUAUUCAGUGUCAGAUUUCGGAAGCCAUUGUUUGGAGAGACGGGGCAUACCAUCAUGAAUCUUCUUGCAGACUUCAGAAAUUACCAAUAUACAUUACCAGUAGUCCAAGGUUUGGUGGUUGACAUGGAAGUUCGGAAAACAAGCAUCAAAAUUCCCAGCAACAGAUACAAUGAGAUGAUGAAGGCCAUGAACAAGUCAAACGAGCACGUCCUGGCGGGAGGGGCCUGCUUCAAUGAGAAGGCAGACUCGCAUCUCGUGUGUGUGCAGAAUGAUGAUGGGAACUACCAGACCCAGGCUAUCAGUAUUCACAAUCAGCCCAGAAAGGUGACUGGCGCCAGUUUCUUUGUGUUCAGUGGCGCUCUGAAGUCCUCUUCAGGCUAUCUUGCCAAGUCCAGUAUUGUGGAAGACGGCGUUAUGGUCCAGAUCACUGCAGAGAACAUGGAUGCCUUGCGGCAGGCCCUGCGAGAGAUGAAGGACUUCACCAUCACCUGUGGCAAGGCGGAUGCUGAGGAUCCGCAGGAGCUCAUCCACAUCCAGUGGGUGGACGACGACAAGAACGUCAACAAGGGUGUCGUCAGUCCUAUAGACGGGAAGUGCAUGGAGUCUAUAAUAAGUGUGAAGAUAUUCCACGGAUCGGAGUAUAAAGCAAAUGGAAAAGUCAUUAGAUGGACAGAGGUGUUUUUCCUAGAAAACGACGACCAGCACAGUUGCCUGAGUGACCCAGCAGAUCACAGCCGACUGACUGAGCACAUUGCCAAGGCUUUUUGCCUUGCUCUCUGUCCCCACCUGAAGCUUCUGAAGGAAGAUGGAAUGACUAAACUGGGACUGCGUGUGACACUUGACUCAGAUCAGGUUGGCUACCAAGCAGGGAGCAAUGGCCAGCCCCUUCCCUCGCAGUACAUGAACGACCUGGACAGCGCUCUGGUGCCGGUGAUCCAUGGAGGGGCCUGCCAGCUCAGUGAGGGCCCCAUCGUCAUGGAACUCAUCUUUUAUAUUCUGGAAAACAUCACAUAGACAGAGGACUUCAUUUUUUUCUGUUCAGACCUGUUGCAAUAGCAGUCAUACCCAAGUCAUUUGCACUUUAGAACUGGAAGAUUAAGCUUUUGUUAACACUAUUAAUGGGGGGGGGGAGUGGGAGUUUGGGGGACUAGGGUGGGAAAGGGUGGUUGGGGGGACAGAUGUUCCAUAAUUCUAAGUCUUCUAUGCAUUGUCCACCAAGAAGACGUGGGCAGCUUCCGUUACUGCACGACAGUUAUGCUAUCCUCGCAGCUAAUCUUCUUCUGUUACUGUUUAGACAAGAAUUCUGCUCCUAUUUUAAGACUUACUUAUGGUCUUGUGCUCAGAAAUGCUCAAAUGGAUACAAACAUCACCGAGGGUGGGGUGGGAGAGUGGAGGGGAAAUAAAAAAUGAAGCAUCAGUCUUGUACCCUUUGUACAGAAUUGAUAUAAAAAGGAGAGUGUCACACUGAUCUUGUCCUAUUUACAUCCCACUAACUUCAAGUAGAAGUCACAAUUAGAUUUGUUUUGUUUUUAACAGAUUGUCCAACGGAUUAUCCCUCUUCUAGCCAAGAAGGGGCAACUCAGUGUAAAUGAGGUGAUUGGGAUAGCAGAGCCGAGUCCAGGAUUGCUCAAGAUCUGUCCAGGUCAAUGGCAGGUAUUGAGUUGGGCCUUUCUGUGAAAGCUGACAAUGCUUUAAGAUAUUCUUAGUUAUAAUGUACACUAGAAAUAUUUUUUAAAACAUUUUGAGAAAUAAUUUAAACUUCCAAGGAGGUUGCAAGUACAAAAAAAAUCCUAUGUAUGCUUUACUUAAGAUUUAGCUACUGUUCACAUAUUAACAUUUUGCCUCAUUUGCUAUAUUUGUGUCUCUCCAUAAAAAAUGGAGGCAUUUGGCUCUGGCUGGUGUGACUUAGUCUUUGAGUGCCAGCUUGUGAAUCAAAGGGUCACUGGUUCAAUUCCCAGUCAGGGCAUAUGCCUGGGUUGCAGGCCAGGUCCCCAGUAGGGGGUGUGGGAGAGGCAACCACACAUUGAUGUUUCUCUCCACCUCUCUCCCCCUUCCCCCCCCCCCCAAAAAAAUUUUUUUUUAAAAAGGAGGCAUUUGAGAGCAAGCUGCAUACCUAAUAGCCUUUUACCCUGAGAUACUUUAAUGCUUAUUUCCUAAAAUUAAGGAUAUCCUCUUGCAUUACAGCAGGAUAGCUCGCAACCUCAGUCAGCCUAACACUAAUGUGCUGCCUUACCCAGGCAUCUGCCCAACAAUGUCCCUCAUGGAACUUUCCCCUUCCCUAAAGCUUCCAGCCUAGGAUCAGACAUGGCAAGUAGCUUUCCUGACCCCACUUUAUCUUAUAUGUCCUCCAUUAUUUUUGGUGAUUAUAGUUCCCUGACCCCAUUUUUUAAUAGAAAAUGCCUCAUUUGAAAAAAUAAUCUUUUCAUAAUUAGAAUCAGUAUAUGCAUUCUUGGCCAGAACCCCACCUAAGUGACGUGUCCUUUUUAGGGACUCACCACCUCUGGGGGUCACUUGAUACCUCCACCUGCCCCUCAUGGAUGAUGGUAAAUUAGAUCACCUGGUCAAAGUGUCGUCUAAUUUCUUCAGCAUUUUUCCCCCUUGGAAUGAAUAACCAAUAGGUACACUUUCAUGUCAUGCAGAUCCUGCUCAUCAGAAUUGCCCCUUAGAUUUAGCAUACACACACGUUUCCUGUCUGAGCUGAUCCUUCACUGGGAUGGCUACAGAUGGAUUUUUCGGUUUCAGCACUACCUCCACCUUGACUAGCUGUACUUAGUCAUCUAUAAGCAAAAGCUUUUUCUUCUUUCCUAUUUAUUUAUUCGUUUAAUCAGUUUUCAUAGUGGACUUGUGGAUGGCUUUUUGAAUGGCUCUAAUUCAUUUGGGUGCGCAGAUGGCCUCAGCAUUGCCCAGAGUGCCCUUCAGGGUUGCUCCUAGUCCUUGUGACGGGAUGUGCUCCUGUCAUUUUUUUGACACUUUGUUUUCUGGCCUAAUGUGGAAGCUGCAGGCUCAUCUAGUGCAUACCCUGUCCCAGCCUCAGAAUCAGCCAUGGUUUCUUUUAUUGGUAUUAGAAAACAAGAUUUGGUUUAGCCAUGAUAUACAUGGUAUACUUUUUUUUUUUUCCAUUAAAAACUUAUACUGGUCACAGACCAAAUGGAUUUCACAACCCAGAAUUUGAAAAACACUUUUCUAGGGUAACUCACUCCCUUGUCACUGCCAUCUUCUGAAAGCCCAGGCCAAGUAGCAGGUGAGCCCUCUGCAUAAGCAAGCGCACAGCUCCAAGAAUCCUCUAGGAGCUAACACAAGCCUUUGGGGCAGAGAGGCCACUUCUCCGGGGCCAGAGUGGGACUUAGUGCUUGGCAGGUACAGGCUGUGGAGCUGUUUAGGGCAGCAGCCGUUUUCCAGAGGCCUAAAAGCCUGGCCUUCAAUAUGCAGUGUGUCUACUGUUUAUCCCUUUUCCAUGGCAGUGGUGGUGGGGGAAGGAGGGAGAUCGACAUUCUCUGUCUGUCUCCCCAGGCUUUGCCAGUGGUGGCUGCAGAGAACUGUCAUUGUGAUCUUUCCCACAGACUCAGAUAUUCAGAGCUGCUAAGGGGGCGGGGGGGAACUAGAUGCCCAGAACACCAGUGUAUAGGGACUGAGCCCUGGGACCACACACACCCGUCCCAAACCUGAUAGGACACUUGUUAAUAGCAGCAGGUAUUAUAGAUGUAACACCCAGGUUUGUCCAAAUAUACUUGGAAGUUUGGAACUUCUACAAGAGCUGGUUCUUUUUCCCUAAAUAAGUUUAUCUUUCCUCACAGUCAGCUAAAUACAUCUUGCAGUUGUACGUAUUUCUUCUGAAUCAGGGCAAGGUUUUAAAUUUUCCAGCUAAGGACAAACUCUGGCCCUGCGUAGUCAGGUCCAUUCUCAAUUGCAUAAAAUGUCUUUAUGUUUAGUUUAUCUUGUGGAAUUGAGCAUAAAAUAGUCGAGAAUAGUUUACUCCCCCCCUUGUUUUAUCUUUGUUUUUAGACACCUGUAUAUUAAAUGUUAUAUAGAAGGCUGAAAUAUCACAUUUCUCAGUCUCAAAUUUUUCUAGAAUGUAAAUUUUAUCCUUGUAAACUGAAGAGUAUAAAUGCCAUUAUAGUUAACAUUAAAUUUUUUUUUAAA